UUACAUUUAAAAAUUAUAUGAUUCUAUCCAUCCAUUUCUUAAUAUUUAGUAAAUAUGGAAUCGUAAACGUUGUUCGGAAUUUUCCUAUUCAUUUAGUGAGUGAGUGCCUUAUAUAAGAGAUCAUUGUUUCACAGCCUAAUUUUCAUUAUAUUUGGUAUCUUCCAUCCGACAUGUUGGGAUGCGCUGCACUGAAGUGACCGUAGCAUACAGAUGUGGAUAAUUUUAGAUACUUCAAGUGAAAUCCCAAGUAGAAAUUACACUCUUAAAUGCAGCAUUUUUCCAUUAAAUGAAGGGAAAAAUGCCUAAAACACUAGAUACAGCAUGCUCAACAAAUAUUGGAAAACAGAUGGAUAAACGCAAUAUAGAAGUUCGAUUUAAAGAAGGAUGAUCUUGAAAGAGGGGACGGUAAUACCUAAUUUUAAUAAAUAAUAUAUUUCACAUAUUACAGAUUUGGACCUAGUGAGCAGAAAAUAACAAGAUGGCUAUUAAGUAUGUAGGUGCCGGAUUCAAAACGCACAUUCUGGAUUCCACAGCCACAUAAAAUCUCUCUUUUAACAAAUCUUGUGGGAAAAAUAAUUAUAUCAAGGCAAUGUACACAGGAUGUACAUAUGCCAACUAAAAUUGAUCGAAAUUCAAUUAGUAAUAUCAACAACGUAAUAAGCUAAACUCUUUCAAAAAAUUAAUUGAAAGUAGCUUUCACGAAGUGAAGUUUGCUAAAGAAUCAUCGAGAACCCGAAGACACUGGAUCUAACUAAGAAAAUGUGUUCAACAGGCAUAUUUUUUCAGUACCCCCGUAAUUUAUUUUGUUUCCUAUGAGUUAGUCCUAAAUUGUACACAAAAUACAUAAGACUAGCAAACAGUUUUUAAUGUAAAUAUAAAUCAUUGAGGUUUCCAAUUAAUUUAUAACAGCUUGUCGUUUGCAGGCAGUUCCGAAUCUUUACUAAAAUAUUUGAACUCGGAAAGAUGUGAAUAAAUAAUUAAAUUUAAAUAAACAAACCAAAAAUUCUCAAUAAUACUACAACUGCUUAUAAAAUUAAUGAAGCUUACCUUAAGUAUUUAUCAAAAGCUAGGUCUUAUUUAGGUUGUUAUUAGAAAUGCUUCCCAUGUAGAAUGUUUAUUGCAGCAUUGAUCAUGUUUAUUGAAUUAGUUGAGGAGUUGAAUUUUUAAGAAGUGAUUUGAAUUUUCGGAAACGUUUUAGGUAAAACUUAUGUUUUAAAAUGGUUUUAGUAAUAUAUUUUUAAAGAAUGGGAAUAUUAAAGUUGGUGAUUUCGGUAUUUCGCGUUCACUGGCCACAACUGAAGAACUGGCAACUACGUUUAUUGGGACUCCUUAUUAUAUGAGUCCGGAAGUUUUGAAGUACGAAGGAUAUAAUAAUAAAUCAGAUAUUUGGUCAAUCGGAAUAAUUCUGUAUGAACUAUGCACCCAAAGAAGAGCAUUCACUGGAACUAAUUUAAUGCGUGUUAUGUGGCAGGUGAUAAAUGAUCCUUGUCCUCAGCUACCAGAAAUUUAUUCAAAAGAAUUACAAGAGGUUUUAGAACUAAUGUUAAAGAAGACUCCCCAAGAACGACCAUCUGCUUCAGAACUUCUUCAAUCAAAUGCGGUUCACUCGUACUUACGUGAUUUAUACAAAGAAAUCAUAAUUCACAUGCAAAACGAAUUAUCUGGUGAAAAUCGGAAGGAUGGGAGCGAAUUUAAUCUACUUAUGUCGUUUGAAGAAUUUAUUAGUUUACCUGAUUCAGUUUUGCACAACCAACAGUCAAUUGAAAACGCUGAGAAGUUUUCAAUACAAUUAAAUGAAGAGAUCGAAGAGAAUGUAGAAAAUUCAGAAGAUCAGUACUUAACGCCACGUCAAAAAAUCAAAUUAAAUAAAGCAACUGAAUCAGAUAGAACUACUGCAGUCUUAAGAGAUUUAGCAGAACAGCUUACACAUACCCGGAAUAGUUUAAAUUCUACAAUGGAAACACAACUGUUCACCUGGCAGAAAGGAUAUCCAUCAUUGAAUCAUAUAUGGCCUACAAUUCAAAUACCUACAGAGAAACUGCUAAAUGAAUUAAAAAGCCUUUAUUUAGAAAAAAUAAACAAUGAAACAAGCUUGAUUGAUGAACUAGAUGAUGAUUUGGAAAAUGAAAGUGGUUUAUUUUGGUCAAAGAAAUCAGAUUUAAACGACAAUAAAAAAUUGCCAGGUAAAGGUCCAGGUGCUGAAGAUGAAAGUCUUGGAACAUUUAAUUUUUUAAAUUCUACAAAACAUAGAAAUGAAGAAAUCGAAGAUUUAACCAACAAUAUGAGUUUUACUGAAAUAAAAAAUUUUUAUCCUUCACCUAGAUUAACUAGUCCAAUUUAUGAUUAUGUCACAAUGGAUGAAUUUAAAAAACAAGUUGAUAUUGAUAAUAACCCUAAUAUUAUUAAAAAGGGUAAUAAUAAUCAAGAAGCUUUGUUUAUACGUCGACAAUUUACGUUUCCAGCAAUGUUAAAUCAAAAUUAUGCACAAUCAGUAAGACAACUGAGUGAUAUUAAUAGUUCCAAAUUGAAAUGUAAUAGUGUGUUUACUGACGAUACCCAACUAAUGGAAACUUAUUACACAAAUUAUGAUAACGAACUGUUAAAUUAUACAAACAAUUUCAAUAAGGAGGAUUUAAAAGAAUUAAUAGAAAAUGAAAAUAUUCUUCAAAAUGAUCUGGAAGAUAUAGAAAAUCAAGAUAAUGUAGAUUCAACUGAAACAUUAAACGAUGUACUUGUUUGCAUGAAAGCAGCUUUGUGUCACCCUGAAGACAGUAAUACAAUAGUCUUGGAUGAUGAAGCUAAGACCAUAUUUAGUCCAGAGGCUAAAGCCAAAAGAAUUGAUGCUUUAAAAAAAUACUGCAUCGACAAACUUGGAGAAAAAGAAUUUCACAAUGCAUAUCACUAUCUUUAUCAAAAACGUAUUUUGGAAAAAAAUCAAUCUGGUGAACUAACAAUACUAAAUGGCUUAAAAUCUUAUUGUUCGGAUGUGACUACCGGGUUUCUACUUGAUCAUUUAUUAUUUCUUGAAAAUGAUGCAGUAAAACAAACAAUAAAUAUUCAAUUAUCUGAAUCUGUUCAUCAAAUCUUAAACGAUGAUUUGUCAUUUUAUGCGUAAGCUAAAUUACGUAAACAUAACUAAUUCAUGGCUGUGAAUUUUAUUUGGAUCUCUGGUUUUUUUAAACGUAGACUAUAAUUCCCAUUAUUUGGAAAGUUUUCCGUUCUAUUCCUAAGAAUAACAGUUACUAUUGUUGUUUACUUUUUCAUAACUUAUUUUAUUUUAUGCUCAACAACUACUUGUCUUAUAGAUUUUACACCCUGAAAACAUCUCUUAUUUUGUAGUUUCUAUCCUAAUUUGAAAUAAUUCCAUCCAUGGAUAAAUAUACGGUUUUAGAAAUUACCAUUUAUUAAUCUGUCAUUUUUUAUUGUUACGCUUGAUUAUUAAACAAAUAGUAUUU